AUGGAGUACAGCCCCCUCACCUGGAUGAGUAGCGCCCAGUGCCAUCUCUCCCUGUGGGACAAGAUGCAGAGGCGUGCCGAACGCCUCAUAUACGGUAUCAGUGACCACCAGCAGCAGCAGGGACGACGAAGGGGACACCGGCAACAGCAGCAAUGGCAACAGCAACAGCAACACCAACACCCACACCACCGUCACCAUCCGAGACAGGACGUCCCCCGCACGCUGAGGUGUCAGCGGGCCUUCACCUGUGCCACAGCAAACUGGCCAGCCUUGAGGCAAGCCCUCAGCACCACAGACUGGGAGGAUCUAGUGGCUGAGGAUGUGGAAAAGAAAGUCAACGCCCUCACCUCGAAGCUGCUCGCCCUCCAGGCUCAGCUUGUCCCUCAUCGCACGUACCUCGCCAAGGCCAUUGACCCAAAAUGGUUCGGCUAUCGCUGCUAUAUUGCUGCCGAGGCCAAAUAUGCAGCCUGGCGGAGGUGGAGAAAGUACUCCGGGAUGUUGAUGCGGGGAAAGCCACAGGUCCUGAUAACAUCCAGGGUGCUAAAGAACUGUGCCAAGGAGCUGUCCGAGCCUCUCGCCAACAUCUUUAGUGUCUGCCUCGAGGAGAAGAAGUGGCCAGCCGCCUGGAAGGAAGCUAAUGUGGUUCCUGUCCACAAAAAAGACUCCAGGACUGACCCGAACCACCACCGGCCCAUCUCCCUGCUGUCCGCCAUGGGUAAGGUGUUCGAGAAGAUGCUGGCUGCUGUCAUCGGGAAACACCUCACCGACAACAACCUUCUCUCUCCUUACCAGUUCGGGUUCAGGGCGGGCCGCUCCACCUCUGAUCUUCUCCUCCUCUCACAAGAGUGGCAAGAUUCCCUUGAUGAAGGCCUGGACACACUCGUGGUGGCGCUAGACAUUUCCGGCGCCUUUGAUCGAGUGUGGCACUCUGGCCUACUGGCAAAGCUUCGUGCCAAGGGUAUAGAGGGGAGUCUGUUGACUCUGCUCGAAGACUACCUCCAAGUCAAAGCUUAUGCCGAUGACUGCACCAUCGCUGUCUCGUACUGCCGUCGGGACAGCAGGCGUGCCGUAGCUGCAGUCAACAGGCAGUUGAAGGUUGCUGAGGACUGGGGGAAGUUGUGGCAGGUCAACUUUGCUCCCGACAAAACUCAUGCUAUGGUUGUCUCUCGGUCUCCCGCUGCUACACAGGGCGUGGAGGGACAACUACGGUUUGGGGACGUCCAGUUGCCCCUCCAGGAUAACAUCAAGGUCCUGGGAAUCACCAUCGACCGGGAGCUGCGCUACGACCAGCACAUCGCGACUGUGGCCCGCCAGACCUCUCAGCCUGGACCCCCGAGGAAUCCUGACGCUAGACGCGCCCUCCGACUGCUGGGGGAUGAGGUGGAGAUCCCUGCCAGCAUGACAUCCCUGGAGCACCGUCGCGACGUAGCAGCACUGGCAGUCUGUCAUAAGACUCAGGUGCUGCACACGCCUCAUCUCAGCAGGCUGUGCUUGACGCCACACCUCGCCCAACGAGCGACGCGACAGGCAGCAGCCGGGAGCCAACGAGUGACGGUGCCUCACUCACACACGUCGCAGCACCAGCGGACGUACAAGGCCAGGGCAGCGCGUCUUUGGAACGGCUUCACGGAGGCCACGCCUGAUCUGGAACGCAUGUCCACACACCAGGCGAAAGUAGCUGCCAACAUUUGGAGAGGCACCCUCCCCACGCCGUUCCUGCUCCACACUUGA